AUGAUUCCUUCAUCGGAACCGGCAAAUUGGCGGUCUGUUGCAAGUAUCCGAUCGUGUUGUCAAUUGAUGAGGUGUGGCCUCGACACUGAAGAAUUCUCGUCGGAGAAGACGAAGUUGGACGUUAAUCGAUUAGAACACUUGGGGCAAGCUAUAACUGUCAAGGAAUGCGGACUGCAUGAGAUAGUUGACCUAUUGUUGCAUGUGGUCAACGGGCGCAUUGAGACACCUCUUUACACUGUUGUUACCGAGGGGAGAAACAUUAUCAAGGCCAUCCUUGAAGCGUCUCCUGAUCUUGUCGCCGAGCGGGAUUCAUCGGGUAAUACUGCUCUUCACGUUGCAGUUUAUAAAACACCUUUGAUGGGGUUGUUGCUGUUGAAGUGUAAAGAUGUGAACUUGAAUGCAAAAAAUUAUGCUGGUCAAACUCCCCUUCACAUAUUCACGCACAAGGGCGAAAUAGGUUUAAUGGUUACAUUGUUAUCUUACUGUUGUGAUAUUGACGCGCAAGAUUAUGACGGAAAUACUGCGUUGCACGUUGCAGUCACAACGAAGAAUAUUGAGGCUACACGGUUGCUACUGUGUCUUGGAGCGGACCCUAAUGUUAGCAACAGUCAUGGAGAUACUCCACGCCAUUUGGCUGCACGUUUAAAAGAAAAAUCAAUUCUGGAAUCUUUAAUAAUGUGCGGUGCUCGGAGUUGUGGACCAAAAAAGUUGGGCUGCGUUUCUGGUUGUGUAAAUGAGGCUAUGGUAGAGUUAUUGAAGUCAUCUCCAUGCAUGGAUAACGACAGUAUGCGUUCGAGCACUACGACAUUCUCAUCACAAACGUACCCGGAUUCGGUUGAUGUUAACCACCCCAUACGUGAUUUCACCCAACAGGUGUUCUAUGACGAAUUGGUUUCUCGGCUUGAACAGUUGGCUGCCCGUAAUGAAAAACCAACUAAUAUGGUUAAUCUUUUAUCUAUGGAUGGCGGUGGAAUUCGAGGAUUAGUGAUUCUCCAAGCUUCUGAGUCUCCAUUACGAUACGGCGGGACAAAAUCUGCUUCUUUGCCACCUUUUACACUCAUGGCAAUUGAAGAAGAACUGAAAGAGCCAAUUUAUCCUUAUUUCGAUUGGGUAGCUGGAACAUCUACCGGGGCCCUUAUUGCAGCCGCUCUUGCCCAAGGUAAAACUCUCAGAGAAUGUCAACACAUCUACCUACGUUUUAAGGAUCUGAUUUUUGAUGGAUGGACUCGACCCUACAAUGCUUCUCUUCUCGAAACUUUCAUGAAAGAAGCUAUUGGGGAAAAAACGUUGGAUGACAUCAAAUAUCCCAGACUUUUGAUCUCUACUGUUAAGGCGGAUUAUUUUCCCGUCAAGUUAGAAUUUAUGAGGAACUACCGAUUACCACUUUCCGAAGAAGAAAACGUUGGGUUAGGAUUCACGGAUCCUACAGAGUUACCAACAUGGAAAGCAUUACGCCGAACCUCGGCUGCUCCAAUGUUUUUCUCACCCGUCGAUGACAAAUAUAUCGAUGGCGGUAUCAUUGCGAACAAUCCUACACUCGAUCUACUCGCAGAGGUGCAAUUGCACAAUGGAAUUAAUACGUACCUGCAACGCCCUGAGGACAGAGUGGAGAUUGGGUGUGUGGUAUCACUUGGAACCGGCCAAAUACCCUUGUCACCUCUUGAUCCUUUGCACGUUGAGAUAUUCAGUCCAAUCUCCAGCGCCUUCACCUUCAAGAACUUGAGCCUGAUACUUGUUGAUCAAGUGACAGCGACAGAAGGAGCUCCUGUUGAUCGUUCAAGGUCCUGGUGCAAUGCUAUUGGUGUGCCUUUCUUCCGUCUUAGUGCCCCAUUACAUAAGGACAUUGGAUUGGGUACGAAAGACGAUCAUGACAUUGCUCGGAUGAUGUGGGAUUGUGUUGAAUACACCUCCAAACAUCGUCCCUACAUUGCUAAACUCUGCUCCCUUCUGAAGCGGAUUGGAAAAACUCCCAUUGAGCGCCCGCGAGUAUUGCAAACUACACCCAAGAUGCAAGCACAAUGA